CUCGCUGCCUUUAUAUAUGUAUCCACCACAGAACGCUCGCUGCAUUUGUAUAUCUCACUGACCAGAUAUGUCCAAUGGCUGCUGCAUGCAACUCGGUUGUGCCGGUAUUGUUGGCCAUCUCUCUGUUAGGCCUAGUAGCAGCUUGUGUCGCUUCUUCUACUCCGAGUCUGGCCAUCGACGACAGCGACACCGACCUCGCCGUGCUGCUGGCUUUCAGAGGCCAGCUCUCCGAUCCUCUCGGCGUCCUUGCCAACAGCUGGACAACCAAUGUGUCCUUCUGUCGCUGGGUCGGCGUCUCAUGCAGCCGCCGCCGGCAGCGUGUCACAGCUCUGGUGCUGCCCAACACACCCCUCCAAGGAGAGCUCAGUCCGCACCUCGGUAACCUCUCUUUCCUCUCCAUACUUGACCUCAGAAACACCAGCCUCACCGGCUCCAUUCCUGCCAAUCUUGGUAGGCUACGUCGGCUUAGAUAUCUCAUUCUUCGUGAAAAUGGCCUCUCAGACGCCAUCCCUUAUACCAUAGGAAACCUUACACGGCUUCAGAAAAUUGACCUAAGUUACAACAUCCUCUCGAAGCAGAUCCCGCCGGGGUUGCUGCAGAAUCUGCUGAGCCUUCAGCAAUUUUCUCUUCAAAUGAAUGAGUUGAGUGGCCAUAUACCACCGCAUCUGUUCAAUAACACGCCUUCACUGAGGUACAUCAACUUGGGAAACAACAGCCUAUCAGGCCUGAUACCACACGGUGUGGCCUCCUUGCCCAUGCUUGAGUACCUGAACCUGCGAGGCAAUCAGCUCUCCGGCACGGUACCCCCAGCCAUGUAUAACAUGUCUAUGCUGCGAGGCAUGGUACUCUCACAUAACACUCUAACAGGACCAAUUCCGACCAAUCAAAGUUUCAACCUUCCGAUGCUGCUGUGGUUUUCCCUCAGCUGGAACAACUUUGAGGGCCGGAUUCCAGUAGGGCUCGCAGCAUGCCAAUACCUUGAAACUCUGUCCUUGCCCUCAAAUGGUUUUGUGGAUGUUGUGCCAACAUGGUUGGCUCAACUACCACAUCUCGUCGAGCUUUUCUUGGGUGCAAAUCCCCUCGUUGGCUCUAUCCCAGCUGUCCUUGGCAAUCUCACCAGUCUUACUUCACUAGGCCUCUCUUCCUGCAACCUGACCGGUGACAUUCCUACAGAAUUAGGCCUCAUGAGGAAACUCUCGUAUCUGCAGCUCACGUACAAUCAACUAACAGGUCCAAUUCCAAGUUCUCUUGGAAAUUUAUCUGAAUUGUCUUUCUUAGAUUUGCAAAUAAAUCGAUUGUCUGGCUCAGUACCAGCAACACUGGGCAACAUCCCAGCCCUCAACUGGCUUGCUCUGUCAAGGAACAACUUAGAGGGGAAACUUGACUUCUUAUUGCCCCUUUCCAAUUGUCCAGAACUUUCGUUCCUUGACGUACAGGUAAAUUCUUUCACUGGGGGCCUCCCUAACCAUGUGGGAAACCUGUCUGCACAAUUACAGAUAUUUUCCGCAGGUGAAAACAAGCUUACAGGUGGGCUUCCAUCAACAUUGUCAAACUUAAGCAAUCUCGAACAGAUACUACUUCCUAACAACCUACUUAUAGGGCCAAUCCCAGAAUCUAUCACUAUGAUGCAAAAUCUGGCAAGGCUAGAUGUCUCCGGAAAUGACAUGUCAGGCCCUGUCCCGACACAAAUUGGUAUGCUUAGGAGCUUACAGAUGCUGUAUCUCCACGGAAACAAUUUCUUUGGCUCUAUACCAGACAGCAUUGGCAAUCUGAGCAUGCUAGAAUACAUCCAAUUGUCCCAUAACCAGUUGAACUCAACUAUACCCGCAAGCUUAUUCCACCUUGAUAAAAUUAUCCAGCUAAAUCUGUCUCACAAUUCCUUUGCUGGUGUCCUACCGAGUGAUGUUGGUGGGCUAAAACAAGCAGAUCGAAUUGACUUCUCUUCCAACUUUUUGCUUGGAAGAAUCCCACAAUCAUUUGGACAAAUUAGGAUGCUCACCUACCUAAAUUUAUCACACAACUCAUUUGAUGACUUCAUCCCAGACUCGUUUCAAGAGCUGACUAAUUUAGCAUCAUUAGAUCUCUCCUCAAACAAUCUCUCUGGUACCAUUCCCAACUUUCUUGCCAAUUUCACCUACUUGAAAAACUUGAAUCUCUCCUACAAUAGGCUUGAAGGCAAGAUACCAGGGGGAGGUAUUUUCUCGAACAUCACCUUGCAAUCUUUGAUUGGGAAUGCUGGGCUAUGUGGCGCUCCCCGUCUGGGAUUUUCACCAUGUCUUGAGAAGUCUCAGUCCAAUAAUAGACACGACCUAAAAUUUAUACUCCCUGCUGUCACUAUAGCAUUUGGUGCUAUUGUUCUUUGCACUUACCUAACGAUCAGAAGGAAACUGAAGAACAAGGGAGAGGUUCAAGCUUCUGUCACUGAUCCGGCUGUUGUCAUGAGCCAUAGGUUAGUCUCCUACCAUGAGCUCGUUCGUGCCACUGAUAAUUUUAGCGACAACAACCUAUUGGGGACUGGGAGCUUUGGAAAAGUUUAUAAGGGUCAACUGAGCACCGGUUUGGUGGUUGCAAUAAAAGUUCUAGACAUGCAGCUGGAACAGGCCAUUAUAAGCUUUGAUGCUGAGUGCCGUGUGCUUCGCAUGGCUCGGCAUCGGAACCUGAUAAGGGUACUGAACACCUGCUCGAACCUGGACUUCAGAGCACUGGUGCUUCAGUACAUGCCCAAUGGCAGCUUAGAGAUGCUCCUACACUCUGAACGUAAAAGGCAUUUGGGGUUCCUAAAUAGGUUGGACAUCAUGCUGGAUGUGUCAAUGGCAAUGGAGUAUCUGCACCAUGAGCAUCAGGAGGUGAUCCUGCACUGUGAUUUGAAGCCUAGCAACGUCCUAUUUGAUGACAACAUGAUGGCGCGCGUUGCAGACUUUGGCAUCGCAAAGUUGCUAUUGGGUGAUGACAGCUGCAUGAUCACUGCAAGCAUGCCUGGAACACUUGGAUACAUGGCACCAGAAUAUGGAUUACUUGGAAAGGUAUCGCGCAAGAGCGAUGUGUUCAGCUUCGGAAUCAUGCUCCUUGAAGUCUUCACUGGAAAGAGACCCACCGAUGCUAUGUUUGUUGGAGAACUGACCAUCAGGCAAUGGGUUAAUGAAGCAUUUCCAACUGAGCUUGCCUCUGUUCUGGAUGACCAGCUCCUGCAAGAUGCUUCUUCUACCUGUGACUUGAGCCACUUUCUGUCACCAAUAUUUGAAGUGGGUUUGCUCUGCUCAAGUGACGCACCUGACCAAAGGCUGACGAUGAGCGAUGUGGUUGUGGUACUGAAGAAGAUAAAAAAAGAUUACACCAAAUCGAUGUCAGAAACACAUCAGAGUACUACCGAUUUCAUACAUGUGUUCUGUUCGCUUUCUGAAGUAGGAAAAACACAGCAUCAACUGUAGCGAACUUUCACUAUGAUUUACCUACUUUUAGUCAUUAAUUCUUCAUCUAGUUGGUCCGUGCCUGCUAUUUUCUGGACCUGUUACUUGGAAAUGUGUGUUGGGCGAAAUGUCUAGCCUGAUAUAUUCAGAUGAUAUGAUAUCUUAUAAUAUUACUGUAGUGAUUUAGUAUCCUAGUUA